UUUCAAGGCGCAAAGAAUAUAGCUCGACGCACACCAUGAAGGACGUAAAGAAAACAAAGGUACCGCUGCCUGGCGCGAAGCCGAACCGAAAACCUCAGAGCGCCCCGCCGAAAGCACAGUUGAGCCAGGAAACAAUCGAUACCGACAGCGAUUCUGCCAGCGAAAGCAUGGCGCGACCGAAGAAAAUCGAGAAGCCAAAAGCCACCAUUGGCAUUCAUGUGAACGGUGUACCCAAGUCAAAGACCAAUUCCAGCAAGACAGACGCAGAUGCUUCUAAUUCUGCAUCGAAACCCAAACCUUCCCCGAAAAAACCGGCAUCGAAACAAAUCGUGACGGAACGCGAUGUUGCAGACCUUUCAAGCUCUGAGGUUAGCGAUGACGAUGCGCCAGCCCGAGACAUACAGACCAAGCUUCCAGGAAACGAGGAGAAGAAGGAUGUCUCGAGCGACACGGAAAGCGAAAGCGAAAGCGAAAACACAAGCAGCUCAGAGAGCUCUAGCGACGAGUCGGAUACUGAUGAUGCGCCGCAACCGAAACGCAAUCCAGCACCAUCGCAACCCCAGACACAAGUACCAACACAGUCGCACGCGGUAGAAUUCCAACCAACCAGAGCCUUUGUGCCCCCGAAAGGAUUUAAUCCUGUGCCACUAAACGACAAGACAAUUUCGAGGUCAUCGACAGGCUUGUUCGAAAACUUGGAAGGGAAGCAAGUAUGGCAUAUUACUGCUCCCGCUGGUGUUUCUUUGAGAGAUCUCAAGGAGCUCGCAAUGAAAAAAGUCAAUGAUGGGGAGGUAGUGUUGAGCCACAAGGGCAAUGACUUUGGCUUCUCCCAAAUGAACAAGAGCGAGGCUGGUACACGACAAAUUUUUGUGCCCCGAAAGGAUGACAUGAAGCCUGUGCCUGUCCCGAUAACACAGAGUCUGCGUUUACGGCGCAUUAUGCAACUACCCAAGCUCAGCUCGCUACAAGCCGACCAAAACACCGGCUCAGAAGCAGCAGCUUCAAUAACACGAUCCACGAUUCGAGCCCCACGACCCCAAGUCAAGGGCCUAAAAAUGCGCUUCCUUCCUACCGGCUUUACCGGCAAUGACCCAGGAACUAUCGGUGACUCGGAUGAUGAGCUUGAGCCAGCUCGGGAAACCGCAGUGCUCGGAAUGCCAGAGCCUAGCAAAUCUUCCAAGAAGCAGAAGAGGAAGCAUGCCGAUGUAAACGGCACGGAGACAAGUGAGGCACCCAUGAAGAAGAGCAAAAAGCACCAAGAUUCCGAAGAGGCCAAGCGGAAGGCGGAGAAGAAGGCUAAGAAGGAGAAGAAGCGGGCAAAAGAGGCGGCUUCUGUGGGCUCAUGAAGGUAGCCUGGGGCAGAUUGUAAUUGAAAGGUACACAUGGAGAGAGGGUUUCCUGGAGCCUUGGAUAGCAUGCCGCGAGCGUGUGAAGAUGCAUACGGACAGGAAGCGUCAGGUGAGAGGGCCAGCCUGCAUGGCUUGCAAUGCACUCAGGAAAUUGCACGGGGAUGUUGAAGAGAGGCCCGUGGGUUGUUGAUGUUGAGGUGGCAGCGAUGUGAGAGGAAUGCUCGUGCUGCGAGCGGGCACAUUACAUAAGCCAGGACAGCAAAAUAUAUAGCAGAUACCUCCAAGGCCUGUAG